AGGAGGAGGGUUUUACUUGAUGUGACUGUGAACUGAUCAAAGUAUAGAUCUCAUAUAACAAGUGUUAGGAUGGAGGGAACAUCUCUACUGUGGCUGCUCUUUCUGACCUCACUGCUGAGCUGCACCACAAACCAAGCCUCUCUGACUGUGAGUCCCAGCAGCUCUCAGAUGUUUGAAGGACAGUUUGUCUCUCUGAACUGUGAGGAGGACGACAGCUCUGCUGGAUGGACUCUGAGGAGGAACACAACCAGAGAAAUCAGGACUCAGUGUGGAAAAGACUGGGGAAGAUCAGCUGGUUCUUCUUGUAACAUCAGCCACAUUGCCUCAUGGCAAGGUGGAGUUUUCUGGUGUGAGUCCAGAGAGGGAGCAACCAGUAACCCCAUCAACAUCAGUGUCACUGGUGGACCAGUGAUCCUGCAGAGUCCUGUCCUCCCUGUGAUGGAGGGAGAUGAUGUCUCUCUGCACUGUAAAACAAAGACCCCUCCCUCCAACCUCACAGCUGCUUUCUAUAAAGAUGGCUCCCUCAUCAGGACUGAGCCUACAGGUCACAUGACCAUCCACCAUGUUUCCAGGUCUGAUGAAGGCCUCUACAAGUGUCACAUUGGCAGUCAUGGAGAGUCUCCACCCAGCUGGAUCACUGUCACAGGUGGGAUUCUCUCUGCAGGUAAACCUACAACCACAGCCCCACCCACCUCUGCAGCCCCACCCACUGCCUCCAACUCCCUCCAGUUUGUGUUCAGAUUGCUCUACCACCUAGUGAUGUUCUGUCCGUACUGCAUCUCCACUGUCCUCAUGGUGUCUUUGUAUCGACAGAGGUCCACAGGAAAUAAUCUGCCCGUCUCCAUGGUGAUGACCCCGCCCACCCAGGCUGAGCAGGGAUUGGAUGGUGACUAUGAUGAUGUCAUCGGUGAUGUCACCACAGAGCAUCACUUCUGAACUGAUCCGAUGUGUUCAAUGUGUUCUUAAAUGAAGCUAAAAUGUUCAAAUAAAACUCACAGAUCACAAACAUUAGAGGACCCCAAACACUUCCCUGAGGAACUCCACAUGUUUGUUUCCAUCCACAACAGUUAUGUGAUUAUUAGGAGUUGGUUCAUUAGAUAAGCAGUAGGUGGCGCCAAUUAUCCAGUCAGAAAAAAAUUAAAUUUGGUGUUUAAGACCCUGAAUUGAAUUCCAUGACAGGUUUAAAUGGUGUUGUCUCCAUUGACAUUUAUUCUAACAGCAAAAUAAUUCAGUGUUUUAUAGACAGUUGUCUUAUUGAAUCUGUGAUAAUGCUGAAAGAUUAAUAAACUAAACCAAAUGUCUCCGCUGACCAUCACACUUGACUACGAGCUCAAAAUAGGAAUUCUAAUUCCUCCCAAAGGUGUUCAGUUCGGUUGGGGUCUAGAGUCUGACUAGUACCCUAUUACCCUUCUACACUGCAUUCUCUGAACCAGCUUCCAGUUGUGGUUCAGGAGGCAGACACCCUCUCCACAUUCAAGAGUAGGCUUAAGACAUUCCUCUUUGAUAAAGCUUAUAGUUAGGGCUGGAUCAGGUGAGUCCUGAACCAUCCCUUAGUUAUGCUGCUAUAGGCCUAGACUAUCGGGGGAUUUCCCAUGGUGCACUGAGCUCCUCUCUUCCUCUCUCUUUCUGCACUCAUUCAUGUUCCAUUAAUGCAUGUUACUAACUUCACUUCUUCCCCGGAGUUCUUGUGCUUUCUCAUCCUGUUUGACAUCCACUGCUAUUUUUUCUUUAUUAUCAUCAUCAUAAUCAUCAGUGUUAUGGUUCUUUUCAUCCUAGUCAUCAAGAUCAUAAUUAUUAUUUCUCAUAUUUCUUCUAUUUUAGUUGUUUUUGUCACUACUGUUACUGCUGUGUAUCUCUGUCACCAAUACUAAUCUUGCUGGAAGAAAAGAGAGUUUCAGACUGAUAGAAGAAGUUCACUAACCUUGGUUUGUGGUGCAGCUCAGCAGUGAGGUCAGAACUAAAGAGAAAUGACACUCGGGUUGGUUUGAGGUUGUGAUACAACAAGAGAGCAGCACACACAUAUUGGGCCUCAUAUGUUAAUGUUUUAUUAUCUUUGAUUGCGUUUGGUGUUGAAAGUCCCCUCCAGACACGCAGGUACGUCACGAUCUGAUCUCAGAGAUCAGUACUGGGGCCAAUCAAUUCAUUUUUUAAGUAUUCAGUAUCAGCUACAUUGAGCCAGAUCUGAUGCUUUAAGUCAGCUGUCACACUGGUCUUUUUACUGGCAAUGUUUUCAUGCACAGUGCAGCCGUCAUCAACUGUCUGCUCCACCACCUAAAGUCGGGUGUGGCCUAUUUCCUUUUGUCUGAGGUAAUCAUUUUGUUCAUAGAAGGCACACACACACACACACACACACACACACACACACACACACACACACACACACACACACACACACACACACACACACACACACACACACACAUACACAACACACUAGCAGUGAGCAGAUCACAUGCAGUGAUAUGCUUAUCCACUCAAGCUUCAUGCAAGUUACAUAACAUCAGCAUUUUAGAAAAUAGAACUGUAAUUGUAUGUUAACAAAAUUCUCAGUCGCUGUAAAUAAGCUCAGUGCGGUUAUGUCCCAUCUUAUGCAUCAUCAAAUUUCACAUUGCCAUCAGAUGUCAAAACUGUCAUGUUACUCACCAAGGUUAAUGUGAUGGCUGACUGAAUAGUCUGUGAGUGCUUUGUAGUUUGGCUCAUAGCUACUGACAGCUAGUCUCAGACAGUCUGUGAGGUGUUUGUCAGUGAGGUGGCACUUUGAUUUGAUUAUUUUCAUCUGUGAAAACGUCAUUUCACAGAGGUAAGUGGAUCCAAAUUAGGCACUUACUCUUAGUGCACAUGAGGUGAUGAGGGGAAACUUCUCCCUGCUGACAAGUCCCCCAAAGUUACUGUCCUGUGAUCUUACUUUCAGCUUAAUGUCAUUUUGCAAAUCAACCAUCUCCAUGUCAAAUACCUGCUGAAAUGUGACUGCUACCUGUUCUACAUCAAUGGUCAGGAAUGGGUUCAAGACGAAUGCAGCAACAUCUUCCAUGAAUUCACCAAAACGCCGACUGAACUCUGCUGCCACUUUGUCCAGGUGAACACAGUAGGCUUCUGCUCAGGGUGAAGCGUCCAUGUGACCGAUGGCCUGUGACAUUUUCUCCAGGUUGGGGUUUGUGAAGUGUGUCAGUCGCCCGUUUUUCAGAUGUGUGUUCCAAACACCAAGCUUGGCCUUGAACGCAUGUGGGGCAGGUGUCGGUCUUUUCCCCGGAGCUCGUUGUUCAGUGCGUUCAGUUUUGCCGUGAGGUCUGUCAGAAACCCCAAAUCCAGCAGGCACUGAUCAUCUGAUCUCCUCAUGCUCCUUGUUCCUUCCAACAAAUCGCUGCAGCACUUUGCCACGACUCAACCACCGGACAUCAGCGGAGGAGUAGGUCUCCGCACACGGCAUCAAGUUCAUCUAAUAACCCCUUGAAUAAGUGGUGCUGAAGCGCUUUUGCUCGAAUCGAGUUAAUCAGUUUGACCACCAGUCAUAACAUGCAAAAAAUUCACGACCUUCCCCGCCAAGGCCUUCUGGUGAAUGACACAGUGGUAAUUCACAAAGUCAGGAAAAUCAUGGUCAUUACGGCACAGCGCAAUAAAUCCAGCGUGCACACCGCGCAUCGCUGGGGCUCCAUCAGUGGUAAUUGCCAGCAGUUUGUGAAUGGGUAUGUCAUUAUCGCGGACAUUUUUAACUCGUUGUAAAUAUCCUCACCUCUCGUUCUCUCCUUUAAGUGCAAAAGAGUGAGGAGAUCCUCUUUUGUUGUAGAGUCCAGGAACGCCAUCCUGACAAAUACAACAAGCUGCUUCCUCCUCACCACUGUAUUAGGGCCUCUCCAGAUUUCCUCUUUUAGCCAGUGCUAGAGUUUGGUGACACAGCAUACACACACACUUGUCUUUCACCAUGGUGAAAAGAAAUUCCGCUUCCCAUUCUGGAUGGAAAUGAUAUGUUUUCGACUUCUUUCUUGGAGCCUCCACCAUGCCAGCUGACAACAUUGCAGUCUAUCGGCUAUUAACUGCUAGUGCCGUAUACUGUCAUUUUUCGACAGUUAAUGUGUCAGUAUCUUUCUUUGAUCUUAUUGGUCAAUUUAAUGCAGCCUGUGAGGCUGAAAACAUAGAGAAAGAUAGUACAGAGAAUGGCCAUUGUUUUUUUUAUGCACCAUUAUCUCGCGAUAACGACUUAUUAUCUCGUUAUCUCGAUAUAACAAAGAUAAUUUUCUCAUGAUAACAAAUGAAUUAAUAAUGUGUUCGUAUUGAUUUCAACCCACAAGAGCUGCCUCGAACGGCUUCCGUAGCCACUGGCUGUAGCUGUAGCCGACCGUAAGUUACACUUUACGUUAGUUUGUUUACUUGACUGGAAGCUGUUUGUGGCAACUCUUGUAGGUUGAAUUCAUUCGAGAUAAUAAGUCAUUAUCACAAGAUAACAGUACAUAGAAAAAGAAAAAUCCAUGGCUUCCGUAAGACAGAGAGAAAGAGAGGCGCUUGCAAAACUGAACAUUAAUCAGCCAUAAUGUAUUUGUGUAAUAAUUUUUCUAUUAUUUUCGAGAUCUACAGGGAAUGUUUUCAAUGAUCUACCAGUCAGUCGCAAUCGACGGGUUGGCGACCACAGUCCUAGACCAUGUGACCCAUGUAACCAACACAGCCCUCACCUGGAAGAACUCCCUCUGACGUGAUUCAGAUCAGUCAUUCCCACUGAAUAGAUGGCCGACUUUUGUCUCUUAUAAAAUAUUUAAAAUGUGUCAAUUGCUUUUAGUAAAAACCUUCAAUGACUUUAUUUUAUUUUAUUUGUUUCAUUGUUGGAAUUCAGUUUAAAACAUAAAUCAUUCAAACACACUUACCCAUGCUGUUCACACUGUAUAUACUGCUGUCAUAACUGUACAUAGUAGUUAUGUCUGUUUUGCUGAGAUAUCUCAAGAAAAUCGAUGUGAUGCAGAAAUAACAGUAGAAAUGCUCAGGAAAGUUAUUUUAUGCACAGUGAACUGUCGCCAUGGUUUGUCAUUUUAUAAAAAGUGGCUCCCCAGAAAUUAUGCUAAACGGUAGUAGACUUUUUUGUAUUAAUUGUAUUCCAUGUAUAUAAUAAAUCUUUGAAUAUAAAAAUGACUCAGUGAAAUUGGUUGACAAAUGUAAACCGUACAGUGCUUCUUAUCCAGAAAAACUGCAGCUGAACAAAUCAGUCCAAAGUGUUUGUGAGUGUAGUUUACAAUCAUAUACUGUGUAAUAAUAAUCCACACAUGCACUGCAAGUAAAAUAGAAAAGGUGGUUUAAUAUUUACAUUAUUAUAGAUAUUUACAUUAUAAGACCUCUUUAUACCUGACUUUAAAAGGUUUGUCUGUUUUCAGCUCACCAGCAGUCUGAUGGAUCAGUGCAAUGACCAGGGAUGGAAGAAGAAAAUGUACUGUUGUUACUGUGUCCUCUAGCGUUUUAGCUUUUAACAUUUUCAAACACUUUGUAUUUCAGACUGUCGAUACGUCUCUGUUACUUAUUCUGCUGUUAGAGUCACAGGUUACUUCAUUGAUAGGGCUUUAUAUUGUCUGUCCAGGUACUGAUGUUACUGAGGAAGGUGGCUGUGUAUCUAUAGGUGAUGAUCAGUGCUGUGAA